CGUUUUUCUGCAACCAUGGGCGGCAAGCGCCUGCUGCGAUUGCGCGAACCGCCAAAGACCGAGCGCACCAACCUCUUCCAACAGCAGGGUGGUGGCAGCCGUGGUGCUGGUGAAUCAUCAAGCACGAAGCAGCAGCAGCAGGAAGAACGGCCACAACAACAACAACAACAACAACAACAACAACAACAACAACAACAACAACAACAACAACAACAACAACAACAACCACAACAACAACAACAACAACAACAACAACAACAACAACCACAACAACAACAACAACUUAAACAACAACAACAACAACAACAAGGACAGAGCCAUGACGAUGGUGCAUUGGCACCCAAGAGAGCAAAGGACACAACGACGCAUGGCAAAUCGGGCGACACAGCACGCUGGUCACCGAGAAGACACACACGCAAGGGUGGGAACAGCGCUGGCGCUGAUGCUUAUGACGACGACGACGAUGAUGACGGUGUCGCUGAUGAAGUCAUGCUGCGCGUGCUGGAUGAAGUGGACAUGUCCGGUGUCACCGUUGAGAUGGGCAGUGACGGUGUGAUGCGCAUCUCGGAGAACUUGGACGACAGCGGUCCACGUCCAGCCACCACCACCGCCACCGGCGCUGCCACACCCUCCUCCACCGCACAAGACAGGCAGCCACCGGACUUGCAGAGUAUCGUGAAUGCCAUCCCGCCAACGACGGCAGAGUCCAUCUCGCGGUUGGCAGCCACGCAAUCUGGCACAACAGCAGGGGUAGGAGUGACCAAGACGGGCCAGGGCAAUGCGGGUGCACCUGCUGCAUCUUCGGUUUCCGAGACGGCACCAGCAACCACAACCACCACAGCAACAGCAACAGCAGCAUCAACAACGACAGCAGCAACGGCAACGACAGCAUCAACGACAACCACAACACCAACAGCCACCACGGCAACGACAGCAUCAACAUCGUCAGCAUCAUCAGCAACAGCGGCGGCCUUGAACGAGGAGAGCGAGCGGACACGGCAGCUGCUGAAUGGUCUGGCCAAGCAGGCUGUCGGCCCAAACUUUGUGCGCGUGGACGUUCGGCAGAAAGGAAACCCCGUCCUCCAACACAUCCGCAACGUGCCUUGGCAGUACUGCGAGCAGAAGGCGGACUUUGUCAUGGGCAAGCGCACGUGCGGGCUGUUCCUGAGUCUACGGUACCACUUGCUCCACCCAGAGUACAUACACGGCCGCAUCAGGGAGGUUGGCCGCCUGUACCAGGUGCGCGUGCUGCUGGUGCUCGUGGACGUGCGUGACAGCCAGCCUGUGCUGAUGGACCUGACAAAGCUGUGCAUGGUGCACAACUACACGCUGAUGCUUGGCUGGUCCAACAAGGAAGUGGGGCGGUACGUCGAAACGUACAAGGCGUACGAGAACAAGUCUGCAGAUGCGCUGCAGCAGACCACGGCACCAGACUACCUGUCGCAGGUCGUGGCGUGCCUCACGUCUGUGCGCUCCGUCAACAAAACAGACGCCAUCACGCUGCUGUCUGCGUUUGGGAGCGUGCGUGGCAUUGCGACGGCGAGCGAGGACGAUAUUCGUCUCUGUCCCGGUUUUGGCGACAAGAAGGUGCAGAAGCUCAAGUCUGUCUUGACGCAGCCGUUCGUCAACCCAAACAGAGCACGCCCCUCUCGCUUCAAGUGAUACGUGUGUGUGUGUGUGUGUGUGUGUGUGUGUGUGUGUGUG